CAAAGUUCCUUUACCUGCGCCAGGUGAGAGAAGUCAAAACUCUGAUCCUCAGCGUCUCCAAGCCUCGCAAAAACAAAAGUCCACUUUCGAUAAAAAUCAUGAACAACCCCAUUCCAUCCAACCUAAAGUCUGAAGCUAAGAAGGCUGCAAAAAUCCUCAGGGAAUUCACUGAGAUUUCCAACAGACAAGGCCCUGACAAACUUAUUCCAGCCCAUGUAAUUGCCAAAGCCCAUGGACUGGCAAUCUUAUCUGUCAUCAAAGCAGGAUUCAUGAUCACUGCUCGAGGAGGAAGUGGGAUAGUGAUUGCUCGUCUUCCUGAUGGAAGUUGGUCGGCUCCCACAGCCAUUGGCAUCGCAGGUCUUGGUGGAGGCUUUGAGAUCGGGUUGGAGGCGUCUGACUUUGUCAUCAUCUUGAAUCAGCGAAGAGCAGUGGAAGCUUUCAGCAAAGGGGGAAAUCUCACAUUUGGAGGGAAUUGCACUGUGGCUGUUGGUCCUCUUGGCAGGAAUUUGGAGGCGGACGUGGCAUUCCGCAGCACGGCGGCUGUCUACUCCUACUGCAGGUCGCGUGGCCUUUAUGCUGGAGUUUCUCUUGUUGGUUCCUACAUCAUGGAACGUAAAGAGACUAACAGAAAGUUUUAUUCCCAAGACAUUCGUGCAUCUGCUAUUCUCAAUGGGGAUGUGGAGCCACCAUCAGAAGCAUAUGACCUGUAUGCUAUUUUGGAUGACUACACUGAAAAAUACACCAGUGAUUGGCAGAGCAAGUAUAUGAAUCCUAAUCGAAAGAGUGUAGCACCAACUAGACCAGCGCCUCCAGCACAGAGAGCAGCUUCUUCCUUCAGUUCAAGGGCUGAAGCUGCUUCUGCUUCUUUUGGAGCAAGGCCAGCCCUUUAUCCCAGUCUCUCCACUUGGGGAUCUGAACGCUCAGGUGAAGCAUCAGGUGGCGCUCUCGUAGUCACCGCCAUGCAUGCAUUCACAGGGCAGCAGCCUGGUGAUCUGAGCUUUGCGGUUGGUGAUCGCAUCACCGUCAUCACAAAGACCGACUCCCAGUAUGACUGGUGGGAGGGAGAGCUGAGAGGACAGGUGGGCAUUUUCCCUGCCAACUUUGUCUCCCUUAACUGAGAGCGCAGAGGGCUUCAAGGAUCCCUGUUUGCCGGACACGAUUAUGAAGGGAGAAAAAUGAAUAAGCCAGCAUCGUUAAAGGCUUGUAUUUAGUUAAUGCUUCUUACUAACAGUGUUGAUUGGUAGUGGUAUGUCACUGGUCCAGGGGUUUAUAAUGUUUUUCAUGUUUGGGGUCUUAAUGGUUACUGUCUAAAGAAUUAAGCAGGUCAUAUUUAUCGGUUGGUUAUCACAAUUAUAUUUUGGUUCAUGAGUGUUUUAUUUUGAAUUACAGGGUUUGUUUAAAUAUAUUAAGCACCGCACUUAGACAGUCAGUGUAAAGCUAACAAAGACUCAAGUGAUCUGAUGUCAUACAAGCUGCUAGUGUUUUUAGAAGAAGUGUUAAGUGAUUGUUCUUCUGCCUUUUAGUUUCUUCCAGAUGAAUGCACCUUUUGUACUGUUUAAAUAUACUUUAAAAUGUACUUUCAUUCUCAUAAAAUACAUUCAUUGCAUUUUUGUUUCUCACCUCAGCUACUGGUAGACAUGAAAUGUCUAAAAAUGUAUUUGUUUUUUUUUUUUGAAGAUAUACUUUGAAAUUUAUAUAUACUUUGCCGCAUGUGCCUUUAUGAAUAAAGAGUAGAUUAGAUUACACUGGCACAAUGGAUGGAUGUUAAAUAAUAUGCAUAACUAAUCAAAUGCUAAUUGGUCUACUGUUUUUACUAAACAUAACUGAUAUUUUUAUACAGGUGGUUCUAAUAAAUAAGAGAGAUUUAAAGGUCUUGUGAUCAU